AUCAGACUGUCCCCCGGAACUGUCCCCUCUCUCUCCUUCUUUGCUCACCACAUCGGACGUAUUUUGAUGGAGCACACAGAGAGCGAAGCAUGAAGCAUGAAGCAGAGCGACACGGCGGGAUGUUCAUGAUAAACUGACAGAUGUAAAACAAGGUGGUUGCCAUUUCAAAGAUGGAGUCCCUUGCCCCAAAUACUGAGGUUCGCCUAGCGGUGGCCCAUUGUUUCCGGACCCUCACUACAUCCACAGAUACCAAAGACAUCAUCGCCACUCUUCAAACACUCCACUCCUACCUGGAUGAAGGACCAGAGAGUGAAACCACUCCAGUUCAGCGGGCAGAGUUCAGGAGAGCUCACUUCACCCGAACCCUUCAGUUCCUCGUCAGCAACAUCCAGGCUGACUGGUUGACCAGCCUCACAGCAGCCCAGCUCACAGAGUUAUGGGACGGCCUGUUCCUCAGAGGCCCUCCAGAGCAGACGCUGCUGGUGCUGAUGGAGGGAAUAGGAGAGCUGAGAACCAGCACAAAUCUCGACCACUUGGUCAGCAUCACAGAGAGAUUCCUCCAGAGUGGUCGACUCGCUGACCUGCUGUGGUCCUACUGUCUGGAGACGGGUCCCUCCGACUCCCCCCAGCUCCGAGAGACUCUGCUGGGACGUAUUGUGGCGCUGCCGGACCUCACCGUCAACAGGUUACACCUCAAAAACAAGCCUCUUUUUCGUCCUCAGCAGUACUACCCACUGCUGGCCACAGAGAUGCUCACUGCCCUGGAGCGGACCUGCCAAGCACUCAAAGAUGGCACAGACUGCUCCUUGACUUUCGUGGCUCAGACACUUGGAAAAGUGUGUAUCCAGGGCCAUAGUGGUUUGGUGCUGGCGGUGCUGGCUCCUCGGCUGUCUGCGUGCACGCGCUCAGACAUGGUGUGGCAGCGGGUUUGCUGGAAGCUGCUGGAGAACGUUCCACAGCGGUGGAUGGAGAGCGUGCUCACUGGACUGGUGCAGGCUGUCAGCGGGCCUGAUGCCUUGGGCAGGAUCAUUGGCAAUCUAGUGUUAACAAAUAGAAAGGCCCAGUUUGUCAUAACUCAUAAACUGCUGUUACUGCAGUACAAGUACGAGACUCGUAUCUUGAGAAUUGUUCUGGGUUACCUCGCAGCAGACAGGGAGCGCCGGCCACUGCUCAUCCAGGUGUUACGGUCUGUGUCCCAGGCCUGGGCUAACCCCAGUGCAGUGAAGCACACACCUCUGGAGCAGCAGCUGUAUGUAAGCAAGGCCUUACUGCUGAGUGUGAGUCUGCUGAGAGACUCUGAGUUACAGGAGCUCCGCUCAGAGUUACUUCAGUGUAUGCUGGGCGGCAUGCAGAGCCACCUGGACAGCAGCGUGGUGCGUAUCCGGCGUAUGGGCAUGGUGGUGGGAGAGUGCCUGAGCUCUCGGAUGGAUAUCAAUAAAACCAAGCUCAAGUUUGAGUACGAUCAGGACGAGGAAACUCAAGAGCUGCUUUCUCUGAUGACUCCCAUUACUGGUGAUGAGCCAGAGGCCGAGCCUGUGAACGGAGUUGACUCUCCUCAAGAGACCAGUGAAACAACUCCAUCUACAUCUCAAAAGAAAUCCGAAGCUGACCCAGACUCCGACCUGGACAGCGACGACGAGCUCACUCCGUACGAUAUGUCUGGCGAUCAGGAAUUAAAUAAAGCGUCCCCGCCCCGCUACCUACGAGACUGUCUGGAAGCUUUAAUUUCCUCUGAGGACCCGGUGCGUGUGGAGCUCAGUUUGAGGGUCGCUGAGGGUUUGGUGAGGAAGAACGUCUUUGCAACCAGAGAGAUCAGUGUCCAGCUGACCAAAGUGCUUCUUCACAUGGAGGAUAAAUACACCAUAAAUGGCUUCCUGGGACUCAGACAGGCGACCAUGGUGGCACUCACCGUCACCGACUCUAUCCCUGUGACUCAGUAUUUGACCACAGAGUUUUACUCCUUGAACUACAGUCUUCGCCAGCGGCUCGAUAUCUUGGAGGUCCUUGCUCUGGCAGCGCAGGAGCUCUCUAAGCCAAUCACUGAAAAGAGGAACCCAUCUCUGGGUGUUUCUGCCAGCACUGAUUUGAUUCCAUACCCCGGCGACAACCCCGUUCACUGGCGACAAGUUGUAGAGAAGCGGAUACAGAGCAAGACGAAACGCCUCACUAAGGGUGCCACUCAACCUCCAGCUAAGGCCACCCCUAACCGUUACGCCCCUGUUGCUGGACACUUCUUUUUUCCUCUGCUCAGCAAUUAUGACAAGCCUCAGGUGACCUUUGACCUGUUGGGCGGCGAUCAUCUUGUACUGGGCAGGUUGAUCCACACCUUGGGCCUCUUCAUGCAUCUAGCAGUCAAUGCACCGAUAGCUUCACAGAUGGGUUGUGCUUUACUGGACUUUGUGUGGGCGGUGCGCUACCAUGUUGACCAGAUGGUGAGACGAGGCGUCCUCUUCGCCGUUUGCUCUGUGUUUCUGAGCAUGCCCAGUCAAAACCUGCUGGUGGACCUAAGUGAUCAGCUGUUUGAGACCAGAACUUGGCUGGCAGAUGUGGCCGAAGGAGACCCCGACGCAGAUUGCCGGAAUCUGGCUGUACAGAGUCUGGUACUGCUGGAUAAGAGCCUGAAGAAACAGCUACAAGAUCAACAAGCGCUGAGCGCGGAGUCAUGAUCCGCAGCAUCAACAAUGAACAAUGAAAUACUGAUUGUGUCUCCGACGCAGGGCGGGCUUCACCGUACCUCCGUGUCGUCCUCGCCGAGCCCCGAGGUCGAUGGAAGCGAUGUUCCGGAUAUUUGCCGACACAUUUUCAUAUCCUGAGAACACACACAUCCAACCAGUGGGAAAAAAAGGAGGGCACACGUCUUCUCACAAUGUCUUUCUGCAUAACUAAAUCACGCACACACAAACAUUUCAACACACUGUAUUGUUUAGAUGAAGAUAUUGUGUGUAUGAUUUAUGAAGCAGAUAAAAUAUUGAUUGAAUGGAGGAUAGGAUGCCAUUUUUGUCCAUGAGUAAAAUGUAAGUUAUGAGGAUAUCCUUUUCAACCUCUUUCCUGUACUGGCACAUCUCUUGUUUGUUUGCAGAGGACAUCCUGUGAAUAUUCACGUGAAUUCACAAAUAAUGGAAAUACUACUACUACUUCCCCCCUGUGACAUAAAUGAAACAUGUGUUCAUCUGUAUUUUUCUGAACAAUGGAACAUUUUUUUAAAUAUACAGUUGUUUGUAGUUUUAUUGGUACUGGCCUUGACUUGAUUACCUUGGCAUUAUUUGCGGUCAAUACAGAUUGUUGUAUUGUAAAGUAGGUCAGGAAGUACAGAAGAUAAUCUUAUGAUUGAUUUGCACUUGGCAGCAGUGAACAACUCAUACAAAACAUGAAUAAAAUACAACAUUAUAAGAA